AUGUUUAUUGGGCAGAUAGGUUACUACAAUGGUAAAUGUCCCAAUCGUACAGAUGUGGAAGAGAUUGUCAAAAAUUCUGUAUCUGCUCAAUUUGGGGGGGACGCAACUAUUGUCCCUGCACUCCUACGCUUACAAUUCCAUGAUUGUUUCGUCCGGGGAUGUGAUGCAUCAAUUCUACUAGAUGGAAAUAAUACGGAGAAGACCGCGUCUCCAAACCUAACAGUGAGAGGUUACGAUGUCAUUGAUAAAGCAAAAUCUGAUGUAGAGGAAAAAUGCCCUGGGGUUGUGUCUUGUGCUGAUAUCAUUAUCAUGGCUGCUAGAGAAGCUGUUGUCUUGGGUGGAGGAUCUUUCUAUAAUGUAACGACAGGGAGAAGAGAUGGCCUAAUUUCAAACGCAAGUGAAGCUGUGGAUCUUCUACCUCCAGCUGAAAUACCGGUGGGUGAUUCUAUCGCAUUAUUUGAAAAUCUAGGAUUGAAUGUUUCGGACAUGGUUACUCUCAUUGGUGCUCACACAGUAGGAGUUGCACAUUGUUCUUCCUUCCAAGAUCGUCUCUACAACUACAACAACACAGGAAUGGCUGAUCCAACCAUGAAUCAUCUUCUACUAAACUCACUAAAAGGGACAUGUCCCCAGAACUCAACAAAUGACAACAUGGCUAAUCUGGAUCAGAACUCUCUAAGUGCAAACACUGUUGACAACUCCUUCUUCAUUGAGAUUCAAGAGAACGAAGGAGUACUCGGAAUUGAUCAAGAGAUAGAUCUUGACACUAGAACUAAUGCGACAGUGAAGAUACUAGCCAAUAAUAAUUCAGUCUUCCUUACACAAUUUGCUGCUGCACUUGUCAAAUUGGGAGCUGUAAAUGUUCUUCUAGAUCCUAUGGGAGAGAUUAGGACCUCAUGUCGAUCCAUUAAUGGCUCUCCUUCCCCUCCACCUCCACCUGGUCAUCCUUAA